CUAAGGUGCUAAGGUACCUAAGGGUUGGGGUUCGUCCCUGAGGUAUCAUUCACUCAUCAUAUCGACAGUCUCACUCUUGCACAGCCUGGCGCCACGUCCUGCUCGUUGCCGCCGGUGCCGCAAUUCGCACUCGCACCUGCACAACUGCAUCCCGCACUUGCACUCUCACCAUUGCCCACCAACAUCCACUCACUCACUCAGUCUCGCUCUUCUCAUCACUUCCACCUCAUCGCCUCGCCACACACACACUCUCUCUCUUCCCGCCCUCCCCCACUACAUUGUGGUUCUGUGAACCCUCUCCCUCCGUGACUCCCUCCUCUCUAUCCUGCUGGACCUACUGCGAUAUCAAGGUGACCCAGAGCGUGGCAAUGAAGCUUGGUUGGCCAUGACCGGAAAAUAUCACGUAUAACACCUAUUCCAUAUAAUACGUCCACCAGGUUGCAAUGUGUAUGUUGUUUGCCUUGGACUCUCGCUUUCCUGUCCAACCCUGCUGAUCCGCAAACAGCCGCUCAAGAUUUUGGCGUCGUUGCCAUUGUCAUCCCCGAUGGAGUUUCGGACCGUAGCAAUGGUGCGCGGCUGGUCAAUGAUGCCUACGGCUUCUCCUUGAGAGCGUCAGGAAUCGUUCGUACUCUUUCAUCCAACAAUCCUUCUGGCUUCGAUAUCAUCCAAGGCCUCCUCUACUACCCUGAACUCGACCGAGACGAUCCAUGUUAUAAUGAGACGAGACCUCUAGUCCCCUCCAAUGUCACCACACGCGCCCAGAUACCUCUCGGCAAUUAUCCUCUCAUCUCCGUCGCACCAUGGACCUCCGUAGACUGCGUCCAGUCUUAUCUGGAGGUCAUGCGCUUUGACAAUGUUCGCGCAGGCAUGUUCUUCCAAAAUGACAACUCCAGCGAUCGUCCUCCUGCUGUCAGUGACCAUAUAUGGAGUCUCAACGAUGGAGGACAGUGGCAGAAUGACAACAGAUUCCCUGUCUAUGCUUUGCCCGGCAUGUUUGGUUCUUUUAUUCUGGAACAAUUGGCUCAAUAUUCGGGCAACAUGUCCCAGGUUCCUUACGGCAAUGAGUUGACCCAAAUCUACAAUCCAAACGACACCGUCAGGCUCUAUACCAGGAUGGACGUCAGUUCAUCUAAUGGCAUUCCUCCUCUCUGGAUCUUUUUGAUCAUUGUGCUGGCAAUUCUACUUGCCGUCGUUCUGGUCACUUCCAUUAUAAUGCAUAUGGUUCAGCGAAGGCAACGUCACGCAUUGCAACGCCGCGUGGCUAACGGUGAAGUGGAUCUCGAAGCCCUAGGGAUUAAGCGCCUUAAUGUGCCCCAAGAUAUCCUUGAUAAAAUGCCUAUUUACACCUACACCUCCAAAACAGGAGCACCCCUCACCCAGGACACGGCGACCGACCGAACCGCCGAACCAGAGACCAACAGUACCGACAGCACUGUAGUCCCUCCGACCACGCCUAACGGCAGUCUAACCCGAGAAGUCCCUUUCAGUCAACCCACCUGCCCCAUCUGUCUCGAUGACUUUGUUCACAACGAAUCAACGGUCAGAGAACUCCCUUGCAAUCACAUCUUCCACCCCGAAUGCAUCGACUCCUUCCUUCGAGAUAACAGCUCUCUGUGUCCGAUGUGCAAGAAAUCCUCACUUCCAGCAGGCUAUUGCCCUGUGGUGGUGACCAAUUUGAUGGUGCGGAGGGAACGUCUUGUCCGAAGAAUGCGACAACGCAGAAUCGCGCAGGCCGGUCAGGCCGCUGCUGCUGCCAAUGCCCCUGGCCCCACCAUGCCGACUCCCAUCGCUGCUAUGAACCGUUCCGUCCGCAGAAUGUCGACACCUUUCCGGUCACGCCCGCAUCCUGACAGUAGUGCCGCUGGAGCACACGGCGCCGUUGCUGAAUUACAACCGAUUGGUGACCGAAGGCAAACGCUCAACGAUGACAUGCCUCCUGAAAUCCGCGCUCAAGGCACGAGUGCUAGAAGGGCAUGGCGUAGAGAAAGACUGGCCCGACAAGAAGCCAGCAAUUAUAAUGAACAGGCCGAGGAGGCUCGAGCAGCCGAUGUCGCCAGACCUCUCUGGCGUCGUGUUGUUGGUCGAGUGUUCCCCCGCUUUGAAUGAGGUCGUGAUGUGAGGUGGUCUUAACCACGGUAACGACGACUCCGAUUCACGAUCCAUGUACUUUUGGGAGUUUGGUUUGUUUGUAUAGCGUGCUGUUGAGCGACAGGGUUUUCUUGGGCUGUACGCAUUUGGAAAUUAUGGGGGUGUGCAGCAAGUGCCUUGCUCGCCUCGAUGUUUGACGCAAAGUCUGGGAUUUAAAAGCGAACCAAGAUUUGGAUGCCAUGUUACUGUUGUUUGAGCCGCCCCCGCCCUUGUAUACUCAAACGAUCUGGGAGUUUAUAGCCUGAUUUUGAAUCUUAUGCUGAACACCCAACCAUAUCCACAUGUGUCAUCAAUCUUGCGUUCCCUGUAGAGGCAUUCCAAUCUCCCGAGAUGAAUUCAUUCUCAAAUCAACUAGCAAACUUA